AUGGAGGAAGAAAUGGACUUCAACGCGAGCGGCGAGAUGCCUAUGGACAUUCCGAUGGGGGGGGAUGAGGAGGACGAAGCUGCGUACGCUCCGCAGACGGAGGGGGAGGAGAAGGAUCUGACCAGCGAUGGCGGAGUGAAGAAGCUGCUUGUGAAGGCCGGCGACGGCUGGGACAAGCCCGAGGCUGGCGAUGAGGUGUCAGUUCACUACACCGGAACCCUUUUGGACGGAACCAAGUUCGACUCGAGCGUCGACAGAGGAGAGCCGUUCAACUUCAAGCUGGGACAAGGCCAAGUCAUUAAGGGAUGGGAUAAGGGUAUCGCAUCCAUGAAGAAAGGCGAGAAGUCCAUCUUCACAAUCAAGCCCGAGUACGCUUAUGGCGAGGCUGGCUCUCCGCCGACCAUCCCGGCUAACGCGACGCUGAAGUUCGAGGUGGAGCUGCUGUCGUGGAUCAGCGUGAAGGACAUCUGCGGCGAUGGCGGCGUGUUCAAGAAGAUUCUCGUGGAGGGCAAGAAGUGGGAGACGCCUAAAGACAUGGACAAGGUCACAGUGAAGUACGAGGUGCGGUUACACGACGGCACUGUGGUAACCAAGACGGGCGACGGUGGCGAGCAGUUUUACCUCAAGGACGGCCACUUCUGUGCGGCUCUUCCGCGCGCUAUCAAGACGAUGCACCAGGGGGAGAAGGUUCUGCUCACCGUGAAGCCCCAGUACGGUUUUGGAGAAACCGGCCGUCCAGAGACUGACGGCCAGCCGGCAAUUCCGCCAAACGAGACGCUGAGCAUUGACCUGGAGCUGGUGGCGUGGAGGAAGGUGGAGAAGGUGACAGAGGACGGGAAGGUCAUGAAGGAGGAGAUCGAGGCUGGGGAGGGGUACGAGCGACCCAACGACGAGUCGGUGGUUAAAGUGCGCUACACUCUGCGGCUCGAAGACGGAAUGGUGGUGGAAGAAAAGGGCAUGAGCGAUGGGGAGGACCCGUUUGAGUUCACCACAGAUGAAGACCAAGUCGUGCCUGGGCUGGACAAAGCAGUAAUGAAAAUGAAGAAGGGAGAGCUCGCCACCAUCACCAUCGCCCCAGAAUACGCCUACGGCUCUGAGGAAAAGACCCUGGAAAAAGGCACAGUCCCUGCUAAUUCGACGCUUGUGUAUGAGCUUCGGCUGGCAGAUUUUUUUAAGGAUAAGGAGUCCUGGGAGCUUGGGGAUGAGGAGAAGGUCGCACACGCAGCAAAGAAAAAGGAGGAGGGUAAUGUGCUCUUCAAGUCCGGAAAAUUCGUCCGGGCAGCGAAAAAAUACUCCAAGGCGAUGAAGCUGAUCGAGUACGACACUCAGUUUAAGGACGAGGAGAAGAAGGCGUGCAAGGUGCUCAAGGUGUCGUGCGGGUUGAACGAGGCUGCGUGCCAGCUGAAGCUGAAGGAUUUCCCAGCGGCUGUGAAGCUGACGAGUAAGGUGCUGGAGCUGGAGGGGUCGAACGUGAAAGCGCUGUAUCGGCGCGCCCAGGCGUAUAUGGGCACAGAGGAUUAUGACCUAGCUGAGUGGGACGUCAAGAAGGCCCUCGAUCUUGAACCGGACAACAGGGACCUGAAGCUGGAGUAUCGGCAGCUGAAGCGGAAGAUCGCAGAGCAAAACCAGAAGGAGAAGAAGAUUUAUGGCAAUUUGUUCGCACGCUUGCAUAAGCUCGAGGAAAAGGAGGGUGUGAAGCAGGCAGAGGAGGCUGCUCCUGCUGCUGCUGCUCCUCCUGCUGAUGGACAAGAUGUGAUGAGGGAAGCUGCGCAGGAAGGUGAUGGGGAUGUGAAGGAGGGUGGAGAGGCCAUGACAGCAUAG